UCGUGUUCAGAGAAGACAGUGGUACGUUGGAUUGCGCGUAGUGCGUGUGUGGUGCGUUUACAACACUAGCGCCACGCUACAGAGACUGAAAGGUGAUUCGAUUUCGCGAACUAAUCCUGGCAGCGCGGAGCGGUCAGUACGUGUGCCAUUCUGCACCGAGAAAUGGAAGCCGACGAAACGCGUCCGAGUAAUACGAGUGCGAGCACGUUGCCGAUGGACGAAGUCGUGUGUGAGCACGCAGUGACAGCUGUGCACGAGUACGGGUUUUAAAUUUGUUAUGAUCAAGAACGUACCGGGUAGAACCGGUCGCCGACCAACUGCGAUUCCGGAGAAGAGAUCGUUUUAGAUGCGCUUGUCGAAAGUUCAGUGAACGUGCAUUUUGGUUUUUGGUUUAUCACCGUUUCGGAGUCGUAUCGCGAGUUUCGGCAAGAAAGCAGGGCUCUGUGUACGAACGUCUUUGGAUACAACCUGACAAGAUGUGGUGUCUCGUUAGUCAAGCCAAUUCCGUCAUCCUCGAAGUGCAAGUCGACCCUAAAGCCAUCGGUCAGGAGUGUCUUGAAAAGGCAUGCGACUGUCUCGGCAUUAGCAAGGAGUGCGACUAUUUUGGACUGAAGUAUCAGAACGCAAAGGGCGAAGAGCUUUGGUUGAAUCUAAGGAAUCCCAUUGAAAGACAAACGGGUGGUGGUGUAGCGCCUCUAAGGUUCGCAUUGAGGGUUAAGUUUUGGGUGCCGCCUCACCUGUUGCUGCAGGAAGCCACCAGGCAUCAAUUUUAUUUACACUCACGUUUGGAACUGGUGGAGGGUAGGUUGAAAGUGUCCGAUUGGACCAGUGUGGCGCGUCUGAUCGCUUUGAUAGCGCAAGCAGACGCAGGUGAUUACGACGCGUUGUCGCCACCCCAUGCGCUCUAUUCCCAAUGCUGUCAAAUACAACCGACGGAACCGUGCGAACCGAAACCUCAGGAUUUCCUGCACCGGAUAGUUCAGCAACACAAAGAAAUCAAGGGCAUGAAACCAUCCACCGGCGAGUAUUGGUUGCUAAAAGAGAUCUCGAAUCUAGACACUUUCGGCCAGGAAAUGUUUCACAGUAAAUUUGGAUACAACGGAGUGUCGAUGAUCGGUGUUGGACCUCACGGUAUUACAGUGUACCGCAGCAACGACGAAGAAACGCAAAAUAUACCGUAUACGGCGAUACAAAGCGCAACGUCUCAACGGCGAAUGUUUCAUUUAAUUUACCUGUCGCUCGACGGUGAAGAGACCUCGUUGAACUUUAAAUUAGAUUCCAGCCAAUCCGCAAGUGGACUUUACAGAGCAAUUACCGAAAAACACGCGUUUUACAGCUGCGAGACGGUUAGGAGCGCGGUGACCGCUCAAUUUAUACGAGACUUGAAGGGCACUAUAAUCUCGAUUUUCAACGAGGACUCGACGUUAGGGAAGAAGUAUGUGUUCGAUAUCCGGAGAACCUGCCGAGAAGUGUACGACAAUGCACGACGAGCCUUGUACUGCGAAGCUACGACCGUGAAUUUGCCGGAGGAGAACGAAAUGUUGGAGAAGCACGACUGUGGGGACUGCGAGGAUCCCAAGUGCAAGGAAUCUCGGGAAUGUUUGGCAAGAUUAUUGGACGCGAUGCUCUGUCGCAUUUGCAUGGAUCGUAGCUUAGACACCGCCUUGUUCCCGUGCGGACACGCGGUGGCUUGCUUGGAUUGCGCCAGACGUUGCGAACGUUGUCCACUUUGUCGGGCCGACAUCGACCACUGCCGGACGAUAUAUCUUCCCAUCGAGCUGACGCACGUCGACAAGCACAGCCCAAAAUUGGUCUCCGAGUCCAUCGAGCCUCUCUAUGGGAACGCGUCCACCGAAGAGAUUCAGAAGAGAGCUUUAGGAAACGAGAACACGGUGAACGGCAAUGGUAUUUGAGAGUGCCAUCGCGGAAGAAGAUUCAACGUGGCUCAACGAUUCCUUGGAAUCUUCGCUUGUCGAACAGAGAGAACGCAUUGACGUCGUUCGUCGAAUCGAGCUUCGAUCGAGUCUUUUCAAGAUUUUCUUUUUUUAUUCUUCUCACGAUUCAAUGUAAGCUUCGAGUUACUUUUUUAACCGCGGAAAACAUAGUUUGUUUAUCGAAUGUCGAAAAAGAAAUUAUUUUCUAGCGCUUUUUUUUUUAUACUUUGUUAAUAAAAUUCGUUUCGAAGGAGUUGUAUAAUUUGCCAGAGCACUGUGACAUUUUAUGUUUAAGGACGAGCAAAGACAUCGUUUUCUUUCGUGUUUUAACACGUAGACUGCCAUGGAGGUCACCGAUCAGCGGUGCUACGAAUUUCAUUUAACGUGUUAAAUUUGAUUUGAUUUUUAAUUUUUCGAAUACCACUAAGAUUCGAAAGAUUCAUUGGUACUGUGAUCAAAAAGAUAAAAAAGAAAAACAACGCGAGUUCGUAACAUUAAUGAAAUUACUAUCGUUUAAAAAUCUUAUCUUACCUAUUUAUAACAAUGUUGCAAUGUUACUAAGAAUGUUGUCGAUAUUUCAUCAUUGAAUAAUUAACGAUAUUAUAACGUCUUGAUUGAACGACCGAAAAGUGCUAUUAGCAGCAUUGAUCUUUGACAAACAGUGCUGCCGUUAUUUUCAAGAGAAUCGUAUAAUUUACAUCAAUGCAAAAUUGGAUUACGUUGUGCAAAAGAUUUUAUAUUUUCAUCGACAACUGGACGAAUAAGUUAUGUUUCUUUCUUUUUUUUUCUUUUUUUUUUUUUUUUUUUUUAAUUUAAUCGUUGUUUACAACACUUCUUGAUACCUUUGUUCCUCUUAGAUAGAUUAUACACAUAUUUUUUUCUUUCUCUUCUUCCUCGUACGUGUAUCGACUUUCGUUCAGAUAUCGUGGUGCCGGGGUCACCAGGGUGAAGAGUUUUAUUAAAACCAGUGACCCUUCAUAUUUUUAAUAUAGCACAUACGUUACUCAUUAUGCGUACACGGUAUCGUUUACAAAACGACUGGUAUAACGUUCCUUCUUAUAGAGGAUGUUUCAUUUAAGAUGAACGCGGAUCUCGAACGGUGUAAUCGAUCGUUGAUGGAACGCUCUUAUCAUCGAGUCGCGCGAUAUUUAUACAUUUCUGUUCGCUUCAACGUGUGUACAGGUUUAAUAUUCGAUGAACCGGAAGAGCCAUCGCUAGAAUCGAUUAACGACCAAAUAAUACGUUGUUUCUUAUUUUGAAACGUCCUGUAAAAGAAGGAAACUUUGUUACAGUAAUAUCUGUUUAUAUGUACAUAAGAGGCGAUGAUAACCCUCGGUAGGAGGGUCAAACGAGUAAAAGUCAUGAGUUCACCAAAUGUCAAAUCUGAUUUAACAGACUCAGUGCGAAUGCUAUCUUUUUAAGCAAGUCAUAAUAAAAAAAAGAAUACAUAUUAAUUGGUGCACUUUGCACACAUAUACAUACAUAAAGAAGAUAAUUUACGUAUCAUCGAUAUUCCCUUUGCGAAAGAGCGCGAGAAGAGCUGUUUCUGAAUCAAAAAAAAAAAAAAAAAGAAGUGAAAGAAAGGGUAGAAUGUAAAUGUUUUAUCGAAGCGUGCGGAGGUUUACGUAUUAUUUAUAUUUUUUUCCUGAUACCAAUGUAUCAUUCUUCUUCUAAUUUUUCUUUUUUCACCUCGAUCGAGAACGCUUUAAUCGUUACCAUCGUCGAUAGAUAGCAUCGAUUUAAUUAAAACCCUUAUUGGUAGCAUUUUACGAAGUCUUGCAUAUGCGUAUUGAAAGGGAGGCUGUCAUGAGAGGGAGAAUAAGAGACAAAGAAAUCGUUAUAGUCAUUCAUCAAUGCAAAGCAGAUCUAGUAUGUAAUUAUUUAUAAGGAAAAAUGAUAAUAGCGUUUAUAAUACGCGCUACUGCGUUUAAUGACGAUUAUUGUCAACUUUAUCGUUAAGUCAACGGUAGCGUAAUCCCUCUUUUCCUGGCGUUUUUCAACGCUUUAUACCCCUGGUCUCUAUUCUUUAGUUUCCCCAUUAGUAUUUUUGUAUUUCACCCCGAAGGAAAUCGUGAUUACGCUGCUUCCCCAAGUCAGAUAUCGAUUCGAGUGAUUCUUUAUAUACGAGCGCGAUUAUAAAUAUACGUACAACAAUGUUAAAUUCGUAGUUAGGAAAAUUUCGUAUCGAUGCAAUAACGCGUCAACGUGUUUCCACGAUAUCGAAAAUAAACAUAUUUUCUUCAGAAUUUUCUAACUGUCACCGGUAUCGAUCAAUGUGCUUUUAUGCGUUAGAAGUUUGUUUUCGAAAACCAAGCGGUAUUGGAAAGAAAAAAAAAAAAAGAAAAAUUGUUUUAUAAAUUAUAACCGUAUGUGGUCUUCGAGAAGAAAACAACUGAACGAAUUUGUACCACCGCUAUACGUUUACUCGAUUAUAUAUAAGAAUAAUAUAAUAACGACAACAAUAACAUUGCUGUUAUAGUAAAAGCAACAAAUUUUUGUGAUUAAAUCUCUGUAUAAAUGCGUACUCGAAGAAAUUCGAAAUCAUUGUAAUUGGUAGAUGUGUAUGGUAGAAAUGAAAGAUAUCGGAGAGAAUGGAUUUUUAAGAAUUAUCAUUUGCAAAGAGUAUUUUUAAAGUAUUUUUAAUUAUUUUUUAGUAUUAUAUCAGGAUUCCACUUAAACGGUGGUAUAUAUACAUAUGAGACCGACACAAUCUACAAAAAAUAAUUUUUAGCAUUAUAAAGGUACAAUGUCCCAACCUGUUGAUUAAAUACUAUGAAACAUU